AUGCCUGAGCCGACGGCACCGUCCCUGCCACCUCCCCGCCGAGUUGUAACCGGCCACAACACUAACGGUCAAGCAACAGUGGCCUUCGACUCCCACCUUGCGCCCCAGUCUGUGGGAGAUGGCACCAACUUGACGAUACUGUGGUCAACGAGCGAGCACCCCGCAAAUGUCAGUGGACCAGAAGAUGCAGCUCCAUCAGCUCCAAGCUGGCCGCCCAAGGGCUCUGGAAUCACCGCUUAUGAUAUCCCCCCCAAAACAGAGGGAGUCUUCCAUCGGUCUAUCACGCUCGACUACGUGAUAGUGGGCAAGGGAAGUGUUGUUCUGGGCCUGGAGGAUGGCUCGAAAGUGACAUUGAAUGAGGGCGAUAUGGUUGUCCAGCGAGCAACGAUGCAUGGUUGGAGCAACACAACCGACCAGUGGGCACGGCUCUACGGUAUGAUGGUCCCGGCGCAGGCACCUAUUGUGAACGGGGAAGAGCUUAAGGAGGAUUGGCCUUUUUAA